UUCGUCACGAGAAGGCGUAAAGAGCGUACGGUUUGCGCGCGAACGAAUCGAACUUUGGAAAUUCAUCGCCGCAUAUUUUUAGUGCUGUGUUUGUGUGUGAACUUUGAACUGUUUGUAUAGAGCGUAGAAUGGUAAAAGUUAUUUUUGAAUUGAGGAGAUUCGAUUGCUGAAAAGGAUCUUUCGCCGUUACCAUGCCGCACACAGGGCAAGCGGGUGUAAACCAACUAGGAGGGGUGUUCGUGAACGGCCGUCCUCUCCCAGACAUGGUGCGGAAGAGGAUAGUCGAACUGGCCAUCCUGGGUGUCCGCCCGUGUGAUAUCAGCCGGCAGCUGCUGGUCUCACACGGGUGUGUGUCGAAGAUACUUACACGGUUCUAUGAAACUGGGUCUAUUAGACCCGGCUCGAUUGGCGGGAGUAAGACCAAGCAAGUGGCAACACCAACCGUCGUGAAGAAAAUCCUACGCUUGAAGCAAGAGAACCCAGGCAUGUUCGCUUGGGAGAUUCGCGAGCGGCUUCUCAGCGCGAGAGUGUGCGAGCCGCACUCAAUACCGUCCGUGUCGUCAGUGAAUAGAAUCCUUAGAAACAGUGGCCUGGCGUGGAGCGACGAUGACACGAGAAACUCGCAUGAAGCGUAUCCACAACCUGAAUUGACGCCAAACAUGAUUGACUACAUGUCGCUCAAGAAUUCUUUACCGCCCACGCCUAUGCCGCAGCAGUCGCCAUACUUCCCGCACUCAGCAGUAAGAGUUCCCCCACCACAAUCUGAUCAACACCUCUACGAUCGAAGAUUAGCUACAACUUGGCUGCUAGCAAACCAACAAGCACAAGGCCUCCUCAAACCCUACCCCAUAUCACCCUGGCAAAGAGUCAUGAUGCCAUACCCGGACACAAAGAAUUUCUCGCCAUACGCAAUCAGCCUGCACAAUGAUAUCAUCAACAGAAUCAACCCAGACGAAGUGAAAUCAGAAACGUCAGAACAGAUAUCCGUUGAAGCCAGCGAUGACAGCACGGACAGGCCCGACACAGAUGACCAAGAAUCGAAAACGAAGGAAAAGAAGAAGAACCCGUAUUCCAUUGAGGAAUUAUUGAAAAAGCCAGACAAAAUCGUAAACACUACUCCGAUUGGGUUCCAGAACUUCCUACGGCAGCCGAGUGGAAGUUUAAUUGAGUGUCAGGAGAAAACUCUAAGCAAUCGCAGUUCGCCAGCCAGCUAUUGCUCUGUACAAAGCGGUGCGUCUAAUGAUUGCUCUUUAGAAUCUGGGUCGGAAAUCAAACAGGGAAUGUGAACUAGUCAAAACAGUAUAGCCAUAUUAAAAAUUAUGUUUGCCAUAACGUAGUCGAUACGUGUGUAUUCUAGACAUUCCAUAGACAUAGACCGUACAUAGACAAAUUAUUUAGGUAAUUUAUUAUUUACUUUAAAUUAUUAUUUAAUGUUUAGAAGAAAAUUUAUAGUGUACGUUAAAUAGUAGACUUAGAAAUUGUAUUAUAGCUAUUUGUAAAAUAUUCUAGAGUUACAAUAAAUUAAAAUAAAAGAUUGGUUAUUGAACAUUCCCGCCAAAAUUCUGAAUUUGUUACUAACUAACUAUAGUAAUAAUGUGCGAAAACAGUUAAAAUCGAUUAAUUUAUCGAUAAAAAUAAUAUAUUGUAAAUACGUAAGUUAUGAAUAAGUUUCUGUGAUAUUGUAAAUGUUGUGUAGGUUUGUGUUCAUAUGCACAAAGCACAUUCCAUAGAUAAAAAAAACUGUACAUGUAGAAAUAGUAAGUAUGGUCCUGUACUUGAGUAUAAUAUUAUAAAGUAUGCAUAAUAUUGUAUUUAUAAAUUUAUGAUUUAGUGCAUACCUAUGUUUAAAUAUUAGCACA